GCUUACCAUCCAGAUUUCGGCAGCUCAAGGAAGGAGAGCGACCUACGCAAAACUGCCACGCCAGUUGCUCAUAUGAAGUUGUCGAGGCAGAACCCAACGACGCAUAUAGGUCCCCCUUCUCUACUUAAAUCUGCAACUCGAUUGAUCGUCAGGCAUCCCCAAAGCCGCAUAUAUAUCGCAGCCUUCAUCUCGCACACUUCAGCUCACCUACAUCGUCCAUCAAACAUAUCAAACCCCGGUCAAAAGCUUCGUGUACGACAAUGACGUGCAAAUCUUGUGGCGGUUCUGAUCACUCUCAACGGAACAGCAAGAGGUGUUCCUUCUAUAAGCCACGGAGGAACGUCAAACUCAUCAGUAAAAAAGUAAAACGUGCGAACCACUGGCGAUCAGAGGAGGACAAGUCUCAGCUGACGAACCUCCUCAACACCCUGCCCGUUGAGCUCAAGAAGGACAUCGCUCACUUGCUGGAUCUCAGAUCCAUUGUGCGACUAAGUAUGGUGGAUCAGUUUUGGAAGAACUUUCUGAACGAUGGCUUUUGGGAGCAUGUCUGUCGAAAGCGUGGCUGGAAGCCAGAAGAGAGACCCUCACACCCAAAACAGCUUCGAAUACUGCCUUACAAGAAUCUUGUGGUCUCGUUCGUACUCAAGCGAUGCGUUCUUUGUCUCCUGAGGAAAAAAGCAACGGCCUGCUUCUCCGAUUCGGACCUCCUCAUAUGCCGCUCCUGUGGCUUUCGGGUAUUCAACAUAAACGUCACUGAAGCAAAGCGGGCAUACAUACUCAACGAUUAUGACUUGGAAGCAAUUCCAUUCAUACAACUGUGGGUCCCAGCAUCCCGCCGCUCCGUGCUAAGUACGUUAUACUCAGAGCGAGGUGUGCUUGCUGUAGCACAUAAGAAGUAUGGUGGUCGAGAGGGGCUCGAGGAAGCUCGGGAAAAGUCCUGGAGAUGGUCUAGGGCCAUCAUAAAGACCAGGGAGGCAAACGGUACAAACCGCAAAUUAUGGCUCAAACGGCAAGGCGAUGAUACUAGAUAUAGAUGGUGGCACUCAUGCUAUGGAUGGUAAUUCCCGUUACGGCUUAUGUCUCGUUUCCCUGGAUUGGGAUUUUACCUCGUUGUACGCACUGCUUGAUUGUUCUCCCCCCAUUUGUAGUUACGGCA